AUGCCGGGCAGAAAAGUCCAUCUGAAGCAGAUGACGGAAGUUCCUGCAGCGUGGCCCUUGAAGAUUGUGAUCGAUGCCUGGGUGAACGUGGCCUGGAUGCGCAACCGUAGUGGUUCACAUUACCACCAACCCUUGGCGGUGAUCGCAAGCCGCCUGGAAGAGCUCUGGGCCACGGAGCCGGAGGAGGCUUCAGAGUGGCAGGAGGAGAGGCUCAUUGUGUUCCACUGGCUGCAGAAGGCCGCCAGACGCGGGGAUCAGCUGCGUCAGGCGUUGUUCAGGCACGGCCAAAGCGAGUUGAGACGACGCAGUGUGACCCACUUCACCCAUGAGGGCUUGGUGGAAGAGGUUCGGGGUGCAUGGCGCAUCUCCGGCUGGGCUUGGUUCAAAGAUCUUUGCUUGCAGCUUGCGGAGCGCAUGCUCAAAGCGGAGGAGAUGAUCAGAAAAGAGCCAAGCAAGCCAUGGUGGCUGGAGGAGGACGCUGCUGCGAGGGAGCUCCGGGUGACCAAGGAGGAGAGUUCUUGUUUCGCUGAACACUUGGUCGAGGACGCUUUCACGACUUGCAAAAUGAGCCUCAGCCACGACCUUACGGGGGCUGCGUUUUAUGAGGGAGUCGUAGGUUGGACAUCCAAUGCCAAGGCCAACAUGUUCCUGUGCUGUGGGGUCAACACACAUCUCUCGAAAGUCCAGCUGUGCCCGGGCUCUGUGGCCAAGAUGUGCCCGUACUGUGCUACGGACUGGACCGGCUCGCCGCUAUACUUGGCUCUCGGCUCCGCGCAGGGCUCGUGCCGCAGUUCAUCUACUGGCGGAGCCAUGCCCACACAGCAUUUCAAAUGCGAUUCCUGUGGCAUGGUAGAGGAGAGACCUGGAUGGUGGAUCCAGGAAGGUGGUCCAUGCAAGCAUCGAACGCAGUAUGCAUGUCCUGGGCAGAUGUCACAGGUCUUUGACUGGUCUGUUGAUGCGUUGUUUGGAGCGCGUUGGCAACAGCGAAUGCAGCAGAGGUGCCUUUGCACCAGCCUCAGAUACCUUCGUUGCACCCGCUGUGGUUUUGUGCGGAAGGAAAAAGGAUGGAGAUCCGGAGGAAAGCAGUGUGAGCACCGUGAUCGCCACGGCUGCUUAGGAGAAAUGCAGUGCCCCCCAGAGUUUUCCUCCAUGGAUUCUAUGGUGCAUGAUCCCCUGCCGGAAUGGGAGCGCCGAAUGCAAGAAGACUGUCUGUGUUGCCGCAGUCCUGGCAUUGCUCUUCAAGUGGCUUCUUUGGCCGGGGAAACUCUGAAGUUCCAAGUCAGAGAUUACUGGACAAUUGCCGAGGUAAAGGCAAAGAUGCAGCAGCUCUGCAAAAAAGUCCGGGCCGACCAGGUAUGCCUGAGCUUCAGAGAGACCAUUCUUCCAGACGCUGGUCUCGUCAAACACUUCCAUAUCAAUAAGGAUUCUCCGCCAAUGUCCUGGGCUGAAAGGGAUCCUGAGUUGACAAAGUGGUUGAAGCUUGUGCAGGAAGACUGGCAGGCCAUACACCGUGCCCCCAAAACCGCUUGUAAGUCGCCAGAGGUCAUGCUCACAGUCAUGAGUCGCUGUCGUGACGCCAUCUUCUUCACCCACGCGGAGCUACUCCACAAUGUAGGCUUUCUACGGCAAAUUUGCGAGAUGAGGGGCUUUGAUACCACAGACUGGCCAUCGCCACUAGGUGUUGCUGACAUCUACGCGUUGCUCUGCUAUGCUGCAGCAAUACAGGAUCUUGUAGAUGUUGUGGUCUCGAUUACUUCACGCGUGAAUUUGGAGGCAUGCGUCAAGUCCAAUCUGCUGAUUCUGCUGGAUGGAGGCAUUCCUGCAGAGUGCUUUGCAAAGCACUUCAAUGUCGAGACGGUUGCCGACAAAGUGCUUUCGAUGACAUUGCUGGAAUCAGAGCAAGCAGCUCUUUUACGCGCUGCUGGUGCCGCUAGAGCAGCCGGGCCUCGGCACCAGGAACUCCGCAGGAUGCUGCCCAUGUCUGCCCCGUUGCCGCGCCAUGAGUUUGCAUGGAAGGUGAUCAUGCGACACAACGACACAUUGUCGCAAAGCUGUUUCGAACGCCUACUUCGUCAUUUGCAAAUAAGGGACAUGUCAAGGGACGACGCCUCUAUGCUGGUGGCCACCUGUUUGUCAUACAACCAGGAGGACUCUGCCUGCACAGGCUGCGUUCGUGUUGCAAACCUAGAUGCAGGCUUGGCCAUCCAGCUUAUGUCGCGGCAUGCCAGUCUUCCUCUAACCUUGCUUCAAGAUGUGACCUCCGAGGAUGCUAAAGCGCGCAUCUUCCAAGAGGUCGUGAAGGAUCUGAAGCGAGUGGCGAACAGCGCGCACAUCGUGGUGCAAGCGCUUCUGGCACACAUGGAAAGUUGUCCGGACGAAGACUUGCUUGAGCAAAUGCCAAAGUUUUGGGAUUGUUCUGUUUGGGCGGAGGAGCCAGGCAGCUCCUGCGAAAGAGUCAUAAGCUUGCUGAAUAGGUGGUGCAGCCAAGCAGGACAGGGGCAAGAAGCAACAUUGUUUGCUCUCAAAGCCUUACAAGGACUUCCAGUAAAGCGGCUGAAGAGUUUGGAUGUCUUGUACAGCUCGCCAGCCUUGCCAGCGCAAGUGUUCCAACUUGUGCUGGGAACAUACACAAUGAGCAGAGUUGAUGGCGUCGAGCAGAGCGUGCAAGAGGCCCUCAACAAGAUGGACGUGCUCCAGCAAGAUGUGCAAGAAGCACGCGAACACAUCAGUGCUGUCCAUGACGAUACGCUCAAGGCAUUCAAACUUGCACGGCGCGCACGAUGGGAGGCCAACAAUGCCUUACAAGCUGCACGGAGAGCGCAGCAGGAUGCUCACACUGCAGUGCAAAGAGCACAAGUCCUCGCAGAUCAAGCGGGGGCAUGUCGACAGUCGGAAGACGACAAUGAUAUUUUUCAUAACGAGGGCGAUUCGGCUGGUAAGCACAUGAACGGUCAGAACUAUGAUCAGCGCAUGUCAAAAUUUCAGCAGCAGCUGUUCAAAGAGCAGGCAGCCAGGGCUCAGUCUGCUUCAGCCGCAGCCUCAAGCGACCUGCUGAAUUUGCUGGGUAACCCUCGGCUUCUGCAGCAUUUGCAGAGCCUUGGAGGUGUCGCGGCGGAUCUUGCGCGCCAAGGGCCAGAAGCACUUCUGAGCAGGCUACGUGCGGAUAUGGAGGUCACCGAGUUGCUGACAAGCUUCCCUGCAGAUGCCACAGAGGAGCCUGUCAUGUGCGGCAUGAACUUAAGCAUCGCCACCUCUGCGAAACAUCUCUACAACUCCUGGGAGCUAAACGUGUUGGGACUUUGGUCCAACUGCAACCUCGACGAGCAGGAGAUGGAAGACGUGAUGCAGCAGUCCUUUUUCGGCUGUCGCGCGUUCACUGGAGGUUUGGCACGGCCCUCGUCCAUCGUAGAGGCCCGUGACAGGCUGAUCUACGUUGCACACAACAUCAUGCGCUUGGACGAGGGCGAAUGUGAAAACGAGGGUGCCCCCAAAAAAAGCACCUUGGAUCAUUAUGACCACAGCUUAUUGGCCCAUGCAAGGUUAACUUCUUUUGAUCGCGGGCAGGGAGCUGACACGAUGGCGCAUGUUCUGGGAAGAAUGCUGAUGCCUGAGAAGAUGCCUCUGAAUACUAGCCAGAGCCGAGACAUGUACGGCUAUUUAGAAGCCGGCGCUCUGGGCCAGUUGUACUAUCCUUCAGCCGUGCGGUUCAUUGUCGCCAGUUUCUCGAGACUUUUUGGCACCAUGCAGGAAGACGGGUUGAUUGAGUGGGCAAAGCUGCAUAGUUGGCCGGUUGCUUGGUCUCUUGGCAUCAUGGAUGAUGAUGGGUCCUGCGGUUGGAACUUCAGUGCUAGAGGUGGCCACCUCGUAACUCUGGCAGAGCCUCGACUCUUGGAUCCAAGAACAGCACAUGUCCUGAACGCCACCGUCGGCUCUCUGAGCUCGCUGAGGACCCUCAGGGCAGAGGCGCUGAGGCUUCGUUUGCAAGGCUGGACACCCAAGCGCUCACCCCAAGCAUGGCAACAUUUAUGGGGCAGAGCAAAGGAAGCGCUGGAGCCUGGAACCUUCCAGCCUUUGAGAGCUGGAGAUUGCUCAGAUCCAGAACGAUGUGUUGGUACUUCCCAUGGCCGCUGCAUCUGCAGGUGGAUCUUCAAUUACCAGCAGUUGCUCGGAUUCAGUGUGAGCACCGAGUGGGCAGAUGGCCGGGCUUUGGACUUUCGUAAAGACAUGUCCGGGUCCUUGAAAACUGUGAACGUGACGGCAGAAGCGAUGCUGAAUGAUAUGGCCGAGCUUCGUGCAGUUCAGGUCGCAGCGGAUCUAGAGAUCCCACCGGUCAUCUCGCAGUUGGAAAGCAACAUCGACUCAAUGGCGGCCAUGGCGCAUGGAGCAGCCAACUUGGAGGACCUGACGGCGGUCCCUGCUGCAUGGCGCCUAGAGACUGUGAUCGACGCGUGGGUGCACAUGGCAUGCGGUAGGCACUAUGGCUGGCGUGGUGCAGAUUUCCAUAAGCCGUGCACGGUGAUCGAACACCGCCUGGAGGAGCUCUGGGCAUGGCAGCCCGAAAGGGCGAAGCGGUGGUUCGCCCGGCAGCAAAAGCGCCACAAGCUGCAGCGUGUCGGGACGCGGACGGAUCAGGUACGCGACGCAUUGCUCCGGCACGGCCAGGCAGAGCUAGAGCGAUGCCACGUGGACAUCUUCACGUUCUUGGGUUUGGUGCGAGAAUUUUCUACGCAGCACGUUGACGACAUGUCUUGGUUUGAAGCUCCGUGCCAGCAACUCGCGGAGCGCUUGGUUGCAGCACAGGAGCACGCCCAGGAGGAGGCGAGCAAGCGCCGCAGGCUGGAGGAGGACGCUGCCACGCGCGAGCUCCGCAUGGCUAAGGAGGAGAGCACUCGGCUUGCAGAGCGUUUGGCCGAGGCGGAGGCUGAGAUCCGGACGGCGCAGGACGAAAUCACCAAACACCAGGAGCGAUGCAGUCAACUUGAGGCUUGCAUGCUCGCCGCCGAGGCUGAGAAGGCAUCUGAACUCCGAAGCUUUGAGGAGGAGCGCGAAGAGCUCGCAGAGCGCCUGGCCACCGCAGAGACGUUGGCUUCAACAAAGGCAGAUGGGCUCCAGGCAGCGCAAGCGGAGAUCUCCAAGUACAGACAGCGGUGUCAGGUGCUUGAGCAACAGGUCACAAGUGCGGAAGCCGAGCUUGCACAAAGCCAGGAGGAGCUCCAAAAGGCUCAGAACCAUCAUCAAGACUGCAAUGACCAAUGCUUUGAGCAGUUAGGGACGGGGUCCGGAACGGAUCCAUCAGGAAACAGAAUGGAGCUGCAGUCUGUGCUCCUUGAGAAUGCAGCCUACAAGGAGCGAUGCCGACAGCUGGAGCUGUGCCUUGCCAAAUCAGAGGCGAAGCUGGAUCAGAUGCUGGAAGAGAAGGGCAAGUACCAGGCGAGCCGUGCUUUUUAUGUGGUUUUGGGGAAAGACCUUGACGUUUAG